GCGGUCGGGGGACUGCGCCCGGCGGGCGCCCGGGAGGAGGAGGCGGCCCGGGGGUGAGCGGCCCAGCCCCCAGCCCCCAGCCCGGCUCGCAGGGUCGCCCCGCACCGAGCCGGGCAGCCUUCCCCCGCCUCCCGCAGCGCCCCGCGGACCCCAGCCCUGCCCACACCUGGCCGCCGCUUGGCCGCCUUUCUCCUGCAAUUCCUUCUCAUUUUGGUGGGGGAGGGGCAUGAAUUAAGGACCCAGGAGGGCCGUUUGAGAUCCAGCGGGGACCUGUCCGAGCCUUCUUCGCGAGCCCCAGACGCCCCGGACGGUUCCCCGUUGGGGCCCAGAAUUGGAGAAGGUCGUCCCAGCCCCGGGCCGGGCGGGGAGAUGCGGAGGCCUUGGCCAAGGGAGCGGAGGGCCUUUGGCCUGUGGGAGGCUCAGGAAAGGGCUCAUUCCGUGUCUGGUAGGGAGGGACUGCAGAUCCAUCUCCCCUGUCUGGCUGGGCCGCCGCGGGCACCCCCACCUCUGGGUGCUCAGCUGGCCUCUGCGGAAUAAAGACCGUCCGCCAGCCAGCCUGCCGCAGAGGCAGCCGCGGGUGCUGGGGGAGGGGCUGGCACUGCCAGGCUGAGUGCAACCAGCCUCCCUCGGCCUCUCUGCCCACCUGGGGGUGGAGGGGUACCUAAUGAUCUGCCCUGGAGGGGAGGGGGCAACAAUGGGCCCAGCGCCCACCAGGUCAUCCCUUCUGGGAGAAUUUGCCUUCUGACUUCCUGCUGCGCACAUGUAGUGGCUUCUGCUGGGGGAGCUGGGGGUCUGGUGCUGCAGUGAUGGGGUGGGGGGCACUCCGUGGGGUGGAGGAGAGGUGGCAGGAUCUAGUGUGGUGUCUACAGCGUUCUUGUGCAGGUGUGUGUGUGGGGAGGGAGCAGCUGCAGGCCAGGAGAGCAAUGUUCUCUUUCUGCUCUCUGCCCCCUGCCCCUGGGGAUCUGGGAGGUCUGAGGGUCUGCACAGUCCCGGUGGCCUCCCCUCAGACCUUCUUGCUCCCAGGGCAGCCCAGGAAAUGAAUGUAGCAUCCAGCCCCCCCAUCCACCCCAGCUCAGGGAGGAUAGAUGUCCCGCGCGUUCGCGCCUCAGAUGGUUAAUAAGCACCCGCCAAGGAUGGGCAGAUCAUGUGACUGGAGCUGGGAGUUCAUCUUGAAGUCUGACUGAAAUAACUCCUGCUGCAGUCAGCCUAGGGACCUGGGAGAGUUGCUGGGCAGGUUCUGGUCCCUACUGCCCUCAGCCCUCAGGAAGGCUCCUGGGCCCCAGAGGCUGCCUCUGGGAGCAGAGCUCCACGCACAGAGAUGCAGAAGGAUGCUUGAAGUCGUCCUUUGCUCCAGGACCCUUCCCCCGAUCAUCCUCUUGGGCUGAGCUUGACCUCGGGACCCAGAAGCCUCAACUGGACAGAGGGCCGAGGAGCCAUGGGCUGGGGUCGGGGAAAGCCCGAGGGUGUCCUGGCUGCAUCCCUGGAAGUGCAGCUCAUAGAGAAAGGGGAGGAAGGGGCCAGACCACAGCAAGAGAGGUGUGGAUCAGGCUGACCACCAGGACUGCAUGGGCCGAGGCACCUUCUGCCUGGACUGCUUGGGGCAGUGACCAGUAGAUGCCCUGGGCUGGUCCGAGUGUGUAGCUUCGGGGACAGUGACCCAUAGAAGUCCUGCAGAUCAGUGGGGCUGGGACACACCACGGCAGGAAUGAAGGAAACCUAGAUUUGUAGCAUUCUGAGCUGCCCUUUCAAGGACCCCUAGGCCAAUCCUUCCCACCCUAGGCUCAGCCCAGACCCCUGGGAACUGAGGGGUCAGGGCCCAUGGCCUCCCCAGCCAGGUGGCUCUGCCUGGCUUUACCAUUGGUCCAGCCAGGGGUCAGUGUAGGCCAGCUUGGGUUCUAUCCCACUCACUCCAGGGAGCUGAGCAGGGAGCAGGGGCCAGAGCAUUUGGGGGUCUCUGAUGAGAGUAAAGUGGGCUGACCUGGGAUGAGCACUCAGGCCCCUGGACUCCUGGAGGUCACCCCUACCCGUCUCUCUCCUGGCCUCAUAGUGUGGCAGUGUCUGCCUCCAGCUGUGCCCUGGGUCACAGUGAGCUGGACGUUCCAGCCUUUUGGGUCCCUAACUGCCAGCUCUUCCUUAGAGUCUGCUAGGCACUGCUCCAGCUGGGGACACACUCAGUGAGAGCCACAGUCCCCCAUCCUCCCGUGGCUGAUGGUCCUGACCGCUGUCUCUGGAGGUAGUGAGUUCCCCAUCCCCAGAUGCUAAGCAGAAGGUACUGUGGUGAGGGUGCCGGCAAUUGGGAGUUUUCUGGCCAUGCAUGUGCUCAGGGACACACACAUGCCUCGUGGAGGCCCUGGGAGGCAACGGCGUGAGGAGGUCCUGGAGCUGGCACCUAGGGUUCGGGAAUCCUGGGAUUUGGGGGGAUUUGGCAUGCAGAGGGUGAGGAUGGGUGCAUCCAGUGACCACAUCUAUGUGCAUACACGUUUGUGUGUGAAUAACUGCACAUGGGGAAGGGAGGAGUGGAUGUGGGAAAGGAGUGAGCACCAGGCCUCUGUGUGGUCAGCAUGCAAAGGGGCCUGUCCCAGCAUGCACAGCAGCAUGCACUCAGCACAGGGGCCAUGCUGUGUUGUGGACCUGGCCUCCUGGGGAAGGGUGGCUGCCUGUGGCCACCUGGGCUGCACCUAACCAGGGUGAGGGGGAGCCUCCUUCUGCCUUCGGACCAGGAACUGCUGUCUCCUUGGCUCAAAGCCCUUUGAUGGAUAGAGGUGUAUGGGGCUUGCCUCCUCCCACUUGCACCCAGGCUCCUGAAUGUAGGUAGUAGGUGCUGUCCCUAGGAGUGGGAUCUAGGCUGAGAUGGGGUAGGUCCCUGAAAGCAGGGAAGCCCAAGACCCAACAAUGUCUGUUUCCUUUGUGUCCACCCUGCCUGUUCUAGCCCGACUGAUCUGUUCUGAGCUUCUCCACCACUACACAGCUCUGGGUCCCGAUCCCUAGCAUGUUCAGGAGGCAAGGGGUCUGCCCCCAGGAGCUUUUGGUCCAAGGAGGCCCUGUGGGUGAGGAUGUGCUCUCAGGAGGUCAGCUCAGUGCAAGAGGUCUCCCACAGGAGGGGCUCUGGCCAGAACUUGACCAUUUGGAGAAGGCCUCCAAGGGGUGGGAGCCUGUACACGUGGUGCCCGACAUUGAGGAGGUUAGGACCAGGUGGAGCAGAGAGGGGAGGGGCCUGGAGGCAUCCAUCUACCCCGCUGGCUGGGGCCUUGUGGGGGCCUAGGUCAUCCCAGGCCCCAGCUUCUGGGCACCUGCAGGGGUGGGAAGGGGGUGGGAGCAGUGAGGAGGAGCCUGUGGCUCUGCAGAGCCAGCCUGCACCGUGGCUGCUGCCACAGGAGCAGCGUUGCCUGGCACCUCUGCUGUUGCCAUGGCGACAACGGAGGUGCUAACUUGCUAAUGAGUCCCCCUCGGCUGCAAAUAACAAUACUGUAGCGCUUAAUAGCGCUGAGCACAGGCUCCACUGGCAGGCGGGGACUGGGACCAGGUACCGGUCCUGGGUGCCCCACCCCGCACCCCUCCCCAGCUCCCACCCUCCCUCCCCUGCCUUCAGGUCUGCUGCCGGCUUGUUCUGCCCCCUCCCUCCCCUCUGGGUCUCCCCUCGCCUCCUCACUGGCCCUCUCAGCCCGAGCUGCCUCCCUGCCUCCCUGCCUCCCUGCUCUUCCUCCAGCCUCGACUCACGUCUGUGGAGUGGGCGUCCCUCCACGCCCGGGCUCCUCCCCGGGCAGUUUAAGGACCAAAGGGCAGUGUGUGCACUGGGCGGCUGCUGGCUGGGGGAAGACCUCUCUCCAGCCCCUGCCCUCAUCCCUGCGCUCAAGUGCUGUUUGGCUUCUGUUGUUUUGGGUGGGAGAUAAUCUACCCCACAUAACUGAUGAAGACACUGAAACGAGGGGCAGGACCCUCUGGGCCGCAGUGCCCCCACCCCACUGUGUCCCUCCCUCCCAGGGUCCUGGCCCUCUGAGCUGGGCUCUUGGUCCCAUGUCUAAGGGCCAACUGCACCCCCAGGCCUUGCCUCCACAUUGAAGGAGCCCCAAGCACCAGCCUGGGAGCAGGUGUCUGUGAAUGGGAUCCCCAGGCCCCACACCCUGACUUCCCUUGGUGCCAGCUUGGCCCAAGGCUGCCCGCCUCAGGUGGACACCAUCCGCACCUUCCUCUCGCUUCUCUGUGAACUGCACCAUCACCCCUAGCCCAGGAGCUCACUCAGGGGGUGGUCCAAAAAGGGUGGUAGCUGCUGCCAUUGUCCCCAGUGUCCUCAUGGCUGUUUAAAACGUGACGAGUGUUCCCAGGCUGCCUCACCCCCAUGCCCUCUGCUGCUGCAGGUUGGGGGCUUGCUGAGGAGGUCCCCUCUCUGUGGACCCUGGGGGUACACUUGUCUCCCAGCCUCCCCACCCCAAGCUGGGUGGGGAUGUGGUGGAGGGAAGACCCUGACUGAGUGGCAGCUGUUAGAGGCCUUGGGUUCUGUUCAGUCUCCUUGGUGUGACCUUGGGUUGGUCCCGCCCCUUCCUUGAGCCUCAGUUUCCCCAUCUCUAAAGCAAACUCGUCACCCUGAUGCGGCAUGCCUCCUGGGGGGCUGUAAAGCUUGGGUUGGCCUCGAGAAAGCCCAGUCCUGGCAGGUGACAGGGGAGACGGCAUCUGGCAGGUGGGGUGCGGGGUGGCAGAGGCUUGGCACUGAACCUGCAGGAGGGGGCUUCUACCCAGGGCUCUGGAGACCCCAUGUCCCUACCCACAUGCUACUCUCUCCAUGCACUCCUCAGCCCGAGGACCCCUGGAGGCAUGCCGAGGGUCCCAGCCCCCCUGAGGUCCUAGAUACGGGUCACCCGCAUUGACUUUCAUCCUCAGGUGCCCCCCACCACGCCCCAUCCUGGGCUCUGCCAGCCCCUAGAAGCUACCCUCAGGCCCUAAGCCUCUGCGGUGCCUGUACGGCCACCCCAUUCUGUGGGUGUGUGACACACCACACAGGAAACAGACAUCAGCGCUGAUCCUUUGUGCAGCAGGCCUGCGCACCCGAUGGUGGCAGAGGAGCCCCCUCCACUCCUGAGCCCCCUCCAGUGCCUGGCCACCCUGCUCCGGGAGCCCGUCAACUUGUGCAGGCAGCCCGACCCCCUCCCCAUCUGCCCGGUCCAGAUUAUCGGCUUAUGGAGUGAUUGAGCUGUGUGGGGUCAGAGAGGAAGGAUGUGCCAGGGCGAGGAGGGCAAAGGGCAUGUUCUGGAUCCCUGCCUUGCCAGGGGUCCUGGGGAUCCAGAAGAUGUGGAAGCCAGAGAAUGGAGAGGUCUGCACCCAAGAGAUGGGAUGACAGAAGCCAUGGGGCGGAAUGGAGUGUUCUGGAAUGAGUGAGGGUCCCUGGACCGGGCCCAGAGGAGGGACCUUCAGACCUUGUCCUGCCUCUCCAGCCCGGUGCAAGCCCUGAGACCCUUCCCUUUGCCUUGCCGCAUCCUUGCUGGCACCGUGAUUUGGACAGUGCAGGGCAGGACGGGACCUUCCAGCUGCAUGUGUCAGAUUCCAGCUGGCUCACCUCAGAUGUUAGGGGCCUCAUUUCAUAGAAGAGCCAGAGGGGAUGUCCAUCCACCCGCGGGAGGCAGGGCCCCAUAGGCGCAUGUCAGGCUCAAACGUUCUGGUGCCCUCGGUUCCCACCUCCUGUUCCUCUGAGGUCGGCCCACCUGGGGAGCUGGCCAGGUGCCCACCCUGGGGGCCUGCGGCGCUGCUGACCGUCUGCCUCUCCCUGCAGGUCUGGCACUAUGCCCAGUCACUCUGAACGCUAGUCCACAGCCCGGGCCAUCGGAGCAGCCGCUGCUCGCUUUGGGGAUCGCCCCCUCCCCACCGCCCACUGCCCCACCAUGGCCGGGGACCGGCUCCCUCGGAAGGUGAUGGAUGCCAAGAAGCUGGCCAGCCUGCUGCGGGGUGGGCCCGGGGGGCCGCUGGUCAUCGACAGCCGCUCCUUCGUGGAGUACAACAGCUGGCACGUGCUCAGCUCUGUCAACAUCUGCUGCUCCAAGCUGGUGAAGCGGCGGCUGCAGCAGGGCAAAGUGACCAUUGCUGAGCUCAUCCAGCCGGCUGUGCGCAGCCAGGUGGAGGCCGCGGAACCACAGGACGUGGUGGUCUAUGACCAGAGCACACGGGACGCCAGUGUGCUGGCUGCAGACAGCUUCCUCUCCAUCCUGCUCAGCAAGCUGGACGGCUGCUUCGACAGCGUGGCCAUCCUCACAGGGGGCUUCGCCACUUUCUCGUCCUGCUUCCCCGGCCUCUGUGAGGGCAAGCCUGCCGCCCUGCUGCCCAUGAGCCUCUCCCAGCCCUGCUUGCCUGUGCCCAGUGUGGGCCUGACCCGCAUCCUGCCUCACCUCUACCUGGGCUCUCAGAAGGAUGUCCUGAACAAGGACCUGAUGACCCAAAACGGGAUAAGCUAUGUCCUCAACGCCAGCAACUCCUGCCCCAAGCCGGACUUCAUCUGCGAGAGCCGCUUCCUGCGCAUCCCCGUCAGCGACAGCUACUGUGAGAGGCUGCUGCCCUGGCUGGACAAGUCCAUCGAGUUCAUCGAUAAAGCCAAGCUGUCCAGCUGCCAAGUCAUUGUCCACUGUCUGGCCGGCAUCUCCCGCUCUGCCACCAUCGCCAUCGCUUACAUCAUGAAGACCAUGGGCAUGUCCUCGGACGACGCCUACAGGUUCGUGAAGGACCGGCGCCCGUCCAUUUCGCCAAACUUCAACUUCCUGGGCCAGCUGCUGGAGUACGAGCGCAGCCUGAAGCUGCUGGCGGCCCUGCAGGGCGACGGGGCGCCACACCCCGGGAUUCCCGCGCCCCUGCCCGGCCCCGCGGCCCUUCUGCCGCCGCCGCCACCACCUACCUCAGAGAGCGCUGCCACCGGGAGCGCAGCGGCCAGCGCAGCCAAGGAGGGCGCGCCCAGCGCCGGGGAGCCCCCCGCGCCCCCCGCGGCCCCCGCCACCAGCGCGCUACAGCAGGGCCUGCGCGGCCUGCACCUCUCCUCCGACCGCCUCCAGGACACCAACCGCCUCAAGCGCUCCUUCUCGCUGGACAUCAAGUCGGCUUACGCCCCGAGCCGGCGGCCCGACGACCCCGGGCCCCCCGACCCCGGCGAGGCCCCCAAGCUCUGUAAGCUGGACAGCCCGUCGGGGGGCACGCUGGGCCUGCCCUCGCCGGGCCCCGACAGCCCGGACAUGGCGCCCGAGGCGCGCCCGCGGCUCCGCCGGCGGCCCCGGCCUCCAGCCGGCUCCCCAGCGCGCUCCCCUGCGCACGGCCUCGGCCUGAACUUCGGCGACGCCGCCCGGCAGACUCCGCGGCACGGCCUGUCGGCCCUGUCGGCGCCCGGGCUGCCCGGCCCCGGCCAGCCGGCCAGCCCCGGGGGCUGGGCGCCGCCGCUCGACUCCCCGGGCACGCCGUCGCCCGACGGGCCCUGGUGCUUCAGCCCCGAGGGCGCGCAGGGCGCGGGCGGCGCGCGGUUUGCGCCCUUCGGCCGGGCGGGCGCGCAGGCCGUGGGCGGCGGCGACCUGCGGCGGCGAGAGGCGGCGAGGGCCGAGUCCCGGGACGCGCGGACCGGCUGGCCCGACGAGCCGGCCCCGGAGACGCAGUUCAAGCGCCGAAGCUGCCAGAUGGAGUUCGAGGAGGGCAUGGUGGAGGGGCGCGCGCGCGGCGAGGAGCUGGCCGCCCUGGGCAAGCAGGCCAGCUUCUCGGGCAGCGUGGAGGUCAUCGAGGUGUCCUGACGGCGGCCGGGACGCAGCGCCCCGCGUCGCUCGGUCCCCGCUCGGCUACCAGCAGCCGGGCCCACUAUAAAUAUAUAUUAUAUAUAAUGCAGAGAAAGGUAAAUGGUUUUACUGCGAUUUUUAUCGAGAAGUAAAUAUUUCGAUUUUUUAUUUAUU